GCGGGCAAAGGGCUCAAAGUGAGACGGACUGUGAACUUUGUUUCUUCAGCCUCCAACAGAAGAGCAAGCAGAAGCGUUUCCAUGGAUUCGUCUGAGGUCAAGAGUGAUAAUCAUAAGUUGGUGCUACACAGAGGCUUCAGCUUCAUCAGUGGGACCCAUGAUCCAGAUGAGGUGGACCAGAUCAACAACCUGGAGAUAAGAGACACCGAUGUGUUUGUUAUCACAUAUCCAAAGUCAGGGACUAUCUGGCUGCAGCAGAUCCUCCGCCUCAUAGAAACCAGAGGAGACAUCCCAGAUUCCGCAAACAUGAUGAACAGUGACUGUGUCCCCUGGAUUGAGCUUGUUGGCAAAGUAAAGGAGUUUAUCACAGCCCCUUCGCCCAGGCUGCGGGUCACCCAUCUGCAGUACAAGUUCAUGCCUCUUGCUCUCAGUCAGAAGAAGGGCAAGGUGAUCUAUGUGGCAAGAAAUCCCAAGGAUGUUCUUGUGUCCUAUUUCUACUUCCAUAAACUUGCAACCAUGCUGGAGACGCCGGAGAAUUUCAGUAUCUUCUUUGAAAAAUUCAUAAGAGGAGAUGUGUUUGGGGGUUGCUGGUUUGAGCACAUAAAGAGUUGGUACUCUCACAAGGAUGAUAUGAACAUCCUGUUCAUCACUUAUGAAGAAAUGGUUCAAAAUUUACACUUGGUAGUGAAGAAGAUCUCCUCAUUCCUGGGUAAAGACCUGACUGACCAACAGCAAGCCAAUGUGGUGAAGUACAGCACGUUCAGGAACAUGAAGCAAAUCCCUCAGGCCAACUACCAGCUUAUUUCAGAUCAGCUGCUCGACCACCAGCAGGGAACAUUCAUGAGGAAAGGGACCAUCGGUGACUGGAAGAACCAUUUCACUGUGGCUCAGAGUGAGAAGUUUGACCAGGUCUUCCAGAAGGAGAUGAAGGACUUUCCUCUGUCUUUUAUCUGGGACAUGAAUGACACUGUGUGACCAGCCAUCACUCCUGUGAAGACAGAAGCUUCAUGGACAGGACAUGAGAGGAAAAAACCAACAGGCUGUCUGACUGUCUUCUGAACUUCUCCUCUGUUCACCUCAGCUGAGCUACUGUGGCUAGUAAAUUUGUAGAUGUGUGCAGAGAUGACCAUGCAAAUUAAAGCAAAGGUUAAAGUGAAAUAUAAAAAAAAUAUUGGUUUAGGAAAUCAACCAAAAUUUAAAGUAUAUAUUUAAUAACAUCUAUACCAGUUUAAUGCCAACUGUAUCUAAGUUUGAAUGUUUUUUUUGUUUUUUGUUUUUUAUCUUAGGCAAAAUGUCUUAAUGAUAAUCAGUCGGUUGAAAUACAUCAAAUUGUCUGGAUAUAAGAACAUGGAAUAUUUUAUGUUGGUAAAAUCUUAUAUUUCAGAGGAUCACAAUUGUUUAUAGAUAGAGUAGGACUGAGAAAUUAGAGGUCAAAUGAGAAAACAAACCCUCACAAUGAAUUUUGGACAGUCAGUAGUUACCCUAUGGCUAAAUAUUAGGUAAUUUACUGUUGCCCUCUGUUGGCCAGCUAGAGUACCUGCAGCUUGGAGUGACGUUACACACAACACAGCCAAACUGAGCAUAAAUCAGUGGUGUUUAAUUGCUUGAGGGAUAGAAAUGAACAG